GAUAAUGUCAACAAUCCUGAAUUACUUUUUGUGGUGAAAUCGUUGUUAAGCAUGAUGAAACAAGUCUAAGAUCAUCAUGUCAAGCAGAGGGAGUGAAAAUCCAUUGCUGUCAAAAUGGACAACAACAGGAUUAGCUGGCUCUCUCCAGUCAUCCACACUUUUAUCAGGGAGUGUUGGUCAGGACACGCGAAAACGGAAACCAGAUAGCAAGAAAUCAGAUGUUUGUGAAAAAAAGUCUCGAGACAGCCUCCUGUCUGGCCUCACAGGCAACACAUUGCUGGGUAGUACUGGUUCAAAGUCUACAAUGCUCAGCAGGGGAAAUUUAGGGUUUUCCCUUACUUCGAGUCUUCUGAGCAAGCCCAGUACGGACAGUGACGACCAAAAACGACCUUUCUCCCAGCUCAGUAACUCAACCACUUCUAGCUUCUCUUCAACACUUCUUAAGACUGGAUUAACCCUUACUGGAAACACGUCAUCAACAACUAGAUCAACAGGAUCAUGCUUUUUGUCACAUGGCAACAGUUCCCUGGCAACAGGCUCUUCUUUAGCAGCCACAGGUUCUUUAGCUAUAGGGUCAGCUUUAACAAAAGGAUCCACACUAAUGAGCCGUCAAGGGUUACAGUCCACUAAUUUGGGCUUAACUUCAGUAAAAUUAGAAUCAUCCUCUCAUCUUGGCCUGUCAACAGGAAUUUCAAGCACAUUGCUGUGUAGUGUCAGCACUGGCUCAGCAAAAAGUGGUGGGCGUAAGAUCAAAACUGGUGGCAAGAAAAAAGAAAAGUCAAGAAAGAAAAUCAAACUAGGCAAAUAUGAGGCCCCUACUCCAGAGUAUAACCUGACCAAUGAGGUGCCAGCAGUGAAAGAAAUCUCAAUGCCGAAGUUUACACCCCCUGAUUUAGACAGGACCCUAAUGGCUGGGGCAAAACUGCAUGAUGUUAAUGGGAUGAAGUUUGCUCUGGUUAAUGCAGUGAGUGGUUCUCUGAUUUGUCAGCCAGACUUCAAGUCAGGAGCUGACCCAACCCGCGUUACCUUGGUUACAAUGUCAGAGAAGGUCAUCUGUUAUGACCCGGAGUUCGUUCUGAAGCUAGCGCUAUACAGCAGGAAGCAGUUGAAUAUCCGGACAACAAGCAACUUCCUUCUAGCCCUGGCCUCCCAUAUACCGGCAUGUAGACCGUACCUGAAGAGAUACUUCAACGUCUCAAUAGCCCUGCCCUCAGACUGGAUUGAAGUUGCUGAGAUAUACUCAGCAUUCCCUGAGAAGACUCUGCCCCUUGGUUCCCUUCCAUCAGCUCUACGGAGAGCCAUGGUGAACAAAUUCCCGGACUUUGACAAAUACCAGUUGGCCAAGUACAACAAGGAGAGCUCCGGCAAGAAGAAGAGAAAGAAGGAGAGGCUGCAGAAAGAGCAGUCAGGGGAGGCAACCAGAGGUGGAGGCAGGGGAAGGGGCCGAGGUGCGUCUCGGGGAUCACGAGGUGGCCGUGGGGCCAGCAGAGGGGCCAGGGGCGGGACACAAUCUGCCCCAGCAGGGAAGCCAAGAAAACGAUCCAUGCUGGAUUCUGACACCAGCAGCUCUGAGUCUGACUCUGAAUCUGACUCUGACUCUGAUGAAGAGUAUGAGAAAUAUAAGAAGGACAUUGUGUAUGAUGAUGGAGAGAGCCCUGAACAGUUACAGAAGAUGAGCUUCACCCUGAAGCAGCUUAUCCGGAAACUACACAUCACCGAGCCAGUGGAACAUGUCAUGUGCCUUAUUGGGAAAAAGUACCCAACAACCCUAGAAGAGUUUUACAGAUGCCGGUUACCAGGAACAUUUGAUGAAGAGCGAGCUGGAAAGCGUAUGAAGCUGCCUGUCCCAGAGACAUGGGAGACUCAGGUGUCACUUAAGGGGAACAAGGCAGCGACAUGGCAGGAACUGCUAGAUCACAAGAAGUUACCCUUCAUGGCAAUGUUGCGUAACUUGAGAAACCUGAUUAAAGCUGGGAUCUCCUCCAAACACCACACUGGGAUCAUUCGAAGGCUCACUGAUGAUAGACAAGUAAUCAACAGCAAGCAGUUUCCAUUCAGAUUUUUCUCAGCUUAUGAAGUACUGGAACAACUUCAAAAGGAUUAUGAAACAUCCCAGGCAGCUAUAAUAGCAGAGGCUGAAGAAAUGGCAGCUGGUGGAGGCCAACCUAAGCAUACUAAGGCGAAGAAAGAGAAACUGACGGCUGACAACUGGUGGGCCAUCAAGAAACAGAGGAAAAAGGAGAAGGACAAAAAACCAAAGGAGACGCCUUUUGACUCGGGAAUCAUAAACCGGUACAGGAAAGCCCUAGACACAGCUGUGAAGAUUGCAACUGUUUACAAUGUGGCUCCUAUCAGAGGAAGGACUUUAAUACUGUGUAAUGUCAGUUCAGCAAUGGAUGCUCCCUGUACAGCAGCUCGAGGGCUCGGAAAACCAAGAACUAUGAGGGAGGUAUGCAUCCUUCUGGGUCUGAUGUGCAAGUAUUCAUGCGAGGACAGCACCAUGAUCAUCUUCGACUCAGACCUGUCUAGAUACAUCAGCGUGAAACCCAAAACUGGCACAAUCUUGGAGAAUAUGCGACUCGUGUUGGAGACUGAUGUCACUGAGGGUCGUCUUGGGAACUUCAACGAGGGUCUACCCAUGGAGAUCUUGUAUGACGGUCUGCGAGAUAGAAUACAGAUUGACAACCUGUUGUUGAUGACCGUGUCCGGUAGUGAGGUAGGUCAGAGACAACUAGUGAACUCAUUCAUGGAGAUGUACAGAAGAAUAGUGAACCCUGACCUACUCUAUGUCAAUGUGGGCUUUGCUGGAAAAUCCUCUGGGUUUGCCAAAGACAUCAAACCAGAGCAUGAGAAUAACAUCUACAUCUCGGGAUUUAGUGAUCAAAUUUUGAGGUUUAUUGCUGAGAGAGGGGACGGUGGUCAGUUACGGCAUGUUGAGAAGAUAGACGAAGCUUUCAACCUGAAGCCACUCCCAACCCCACCGGGGGAGAAGCUGGCCCCACCUCGAGUUGACCCCGAAACACCUUUGCAGAUGGUUUCUUAUACACCAAGAUGGCGUACAGCCCGCGUCUUCAUCUCCUCAACAUUCCGUGACAUGCACGGGGAGCGUGAUCUACUGACCCGGUUUGUGUUUCCAGAGUUACGUGCCCUUGGCAAGCAGCACUUCAUCAAUGUACAUGAGGUUGACCUUCGCUGGGGCGUAACAGAGGAAGAAACUAGGAACUCAAAAACAUUGGAGCUAUGCCUCUCUGAAGUUCAGCGGUGCCAGUUUUUCCUUGGAAUUCUGGGAGAGAGAUACGGCUGGGUGCCCGACGAAUAUAUAGUCCCAGACACUCCUGAGUUUGCCUGGGUGCGGGAAUACAAGCCCGGGGCUUCAGUUACGGAGCUUGAAAUGCAGGCAGGGGCUCUUGGGCUUCACCCGAAAACUGAUAGGAGAGAUGUGGCUUUCUUUUUCAUCAGGGAUAAUGGCUUUCAAUGCAAUAUCCCAAAGGAGUUAUGUGAAGAAUUUCUUGAGAGUACAGAGAAAAACAGACUGGCAAUGGAACAUCUAAAAACCCGCAUCAGGUCAAGUGGGCUGGAGGUCUUUGAUGGCUACCCAUGUGAUUGGGCCGGGAUUGUAGAUGGAAAGGCCAUGGUUGCCAGGCUCGACCAGUUUGGGGCCCGGGCACUCAAUAACCUCUGGAAUGGAAUACAGAAAAUGUUCCCAGAUGAGGCUAUAAUGUUGGACGAACACUCCCAUGUUAACAGUCUGCAUGAGAGCUAUGUGCAGCAGCAGCAAGCCUUGUUUGUAGGGCGCACAAAACUUGUGAAGGACUGUCUCAAACUUCUCAGGGAAAUGAAGUCAGGGGUCAUCUCACUACCUGGAAAACCUGGAACAGGGAAAACUGCUUUGCUGGCAAACAUCAUGCAAGAGUACAAGACCUCGAAGCACUGUGACAGUGGACUAACGAUCCUGAACCACUUUGUGGGAGCUGCCCCGGGCUCAACUAACAUACUGGCUACACUGAGGAGGCUUUGUCAUGAGCUGAAUGCAAGGUUCUCCCUGCAGAUGGAAGUUCCGGAGGAUUUCAAGAACACAGUUGUGAAGUUUGGGGAGAUGUUGACUGAAGCAGGCACAUAUACUGGUACCCCGCUUGUCCUCUUUUUAGAUGGAUUUGACAAUAUGGACCCAGCUCACCUACCCCACAACCUAGACUGGCUGAUGGAAAAAAUGCCAAAGAAUGUGGUAGUCGUCAUGACCUGUCAGUGGGAGGGAAAGUUUCACAAGUCUCUUCGUCAGCAUGGUGCACGAGAACUCGUGGUGGAAGCACUAGAUAUGUGGGACAAGGCUGAAGUGGUCCGAAGCCACCUGGGGGCACAUCGCAAAACACUGAAUGAGUCACCUUUCAACAACCAGAUGAAGCUGCUUGUCUCAAAGAAGGAGGCCAGUAUUCCACUGUAUCUGAGUUUGGCUUGUGAGGAGCUAAGAGUCUUCGGAGUUUUUGAGAAGAUAACCUCCAAGCUGAAAUCGCUGCCCCAUACAGUUCCACUACUGCUACAGGAAGUGCUGUCACGCUUAGAGGGAGACCUCGGGAAAGAAAUAGUGUCUUCUGCCCUCUGUCUCCUUAUCUGUGCAAGGGAUGGCCUCACACUAGGAGAGCUUCAUGACCUUUUGAGCCUACAAGCGUUGCUAGGCAGUGACAAACCAAAGGUGAAGGACAUUUACAAUAUGCAGCCAGGGCCUGAACAACAGCUGCCUGCAGCCAGAAUGGCUUUCCUGCAGAGGGCAUUGCAAGGAUUUUUACACUCAGGUCCAGACUCCAGUGGUAGCCUCUGUCUUGCCCAUAUUGACAUUGAAACGGCCGUGAAAACUCGUUACCUGAAGGGAGCAGUUGCCAUGGAAACAGAACAGUUCCUACAUCGGUUGAUGGCGGGGUACUUCUUUAGUCAGGCCGACACACAGAGGGAUGGAACAUGGAAGGGGAAGUCUGCACGAGCCUAUCAGGAACUGCCCUUCCAUUUGGCCCGCAGUGGCAGUUACCAAGAUCUUGAGGAAGUCUUAUGCAAUGUCCAGUUCCUGUACAGCAAAUGCAUGCUGGGACUGUCCACAGGGCUUAUAGAAGAUUUCCAGCCACUAGAUGUCACCAGUAAAACCCAGGAAAGGGAGCAAGCCAAGUUCUUUGAGAAACAAAGAGUGAAGGACUACAAGUCGUUUGUGUCAAGGAAUCUACAUGUGCUGUCCAGCUACCCAGCUUUGACCUGGCAGCAGGCAUAUAAUGAGAGAGCAGAGUCUGCUGUGACAAAGGAAGUACUAACCAACCUGAAAUCCUCCGAUACAUCUGCCGACAACAAUUCCAUUAUGGAGUGGAUCAGCAAGCCGGAAACUGACGACCCUUGCUACCUGUCUAUACCUGGAUUACCACAGGCAAUGACAUGUGUGGCUAUAUCCUCGAACAACAAACACUUUGCUUGUGGUGGACUAGACUGCCUGGUACAUUUGUACGACAUACACACCGGUCAAGAGGUCAAAAGUUUCCGAGGACAUGCCGACACGAUUACCGAUAUCUGCUUCAUCGGAUCAACCAAGUUGUGCAGUGUCUCCAAAGACGCUACAGUCAGCAUUUGGGACGUUGUUGAUGGUCACAGACUCCUUACCCCAAAAGGUCAUCAGAGGCGUGUUAAUUCAUGCACAUCAGACAGAUCAGGGAAAAUUCUCGCUACAGGGGCCUGGGAUAGCACCAUCAAGAUAUGGGGAACAGGGAAGGGAGAUAUGAUGUGUGAGUUUAAGACUGGGAGUCCUGUAAAUUGUGUGAGCUUCCAUCCAGAAGGACAGAAACUUGUGUCUGGACAGUGGGACACCACCAUUAAGAUAUGGGAUGUCUUCCACAAGACAAAGAUUGCUGUAUUGCGAGGUCACAAGUCCUCGGUACGGGAUGUAGCCUACUCCCCAACAGGCCGACACAUUGCAUCUGCUGCCCUUGAUGGUGAUGUUAAAUUGUGGGCUGCAGAAAAAGGGGCUCAGAUUGGCAACAUUGAAGGCCAUGCUCUUCCCAUCAACAAACUGACAUUUUCUCCAACGGGCCAACAGCUGAUUACCGUCAGUGACGAUAACAAGGUUAAAGUCUGGUCGGGAAAUCUUGGUAAACCAGUUGGUGACAUUAUGGCAGAAGAUCAGGACCAGGCUGUUUCUGUGGCGAUUUCUCCAGAUAGGAAAUCUGUUGCCAUUGGUUACCAUUCAGGAAAGAUUGAGAUACAUGAUGUUCAAGGAGGAUCCAAGGUCUGUUCAAGACAAGUCCAUACGGCCUCAGUACUGUGUCUGAAAUACAUCACCCCCCUGUACCUCCUGUCUGGGUCAGAUGACAAAACAGCCACCAUACUGUCCUCGUCCAAGCUUCAACAGUUGUGUAAGAUUGAGGGACACACCAAGGGCAUUAUGGGAAUGGACAUCUGUUGGGACAUGUUUGCCCUCUCGUCGGAAGAUUGUACAGUGUCUCUGUAUGAGAAUCCCUUCAAAUAUGGUGGAAAUUCGAAGCCGUCAACGAUUCCAAGAUGUGCGACUCUUGGCACACACACAGGGCCGGUUACCAGCUGCACAUUCAACAAGGAGACAAAAGCAACGAGAAUGGCCACUGCUAGUAGGGAUAUGUCUGUUCGGAUAUGGGAUAUCCUGGAUGUCUGUCUAUCUGACAGCCCCACGCCCCUUCACAUCAUACACCAGUGCCACAAUGACUGGGUCACGGACUGUAAGUGGUCCAACACUGGGGAUGUCAUCAUCACCGCGGCCAAUGACUUCAAUAUAAAGGUAUGGGAUGUAUCCAAGAUCGGCAACAGCCCAGGGGAGACUCAAAAAGAUUCAACAAGCAUAAAUGUCUGCAAAGAGAAGUUCUGCUUGACUGGACACACAUCUGCUAUCAACCAUAUAGCAUACAGUUAUGGGUGUGUGGUGUCGACAUGCGCUGAUGGUUCAGUGAAGGUGUGGUCUCACAAAGGAAUAGAGAUAACCACGCUGUAUGGUCACAUGCAGAGAGCCAAUGGCUGUGAUAUAUCUGUGAAACUGGUAGAGGGCGAAGCUGAAGAAAGCACAGAUGACUGGACAGCAGAGGAAACAGAGGAGAAAUCCAUGUUACAGCCCAAGAUUGAGAAUGUACUCGUAGCUACAUGUGGCGAUGAUGGACUGGUGAAACUAUGGCACCCAUUACAGGCCAAUGAGCUAUCCUGCCUGACCGGCCAUUCAGACAAGGUCCUGUCAGUGGACACCAGCUCACAGGGACAACUGUGUACAACCUCUUUGGACAGGAGUGUACGCCUCUGGUCAUAUGACACGACAUCCAGCCCUCUGAUUGGCUGCCAUGAUGCACCUGUGACCUUUGUGACUGCUGAUAAUUACAUACUGUCUGGAAGCAGGGAUGGCGUGAUCAAGAUAUGGGACCGACUUGCAGACAGUUACGACUACAAAUGUGUCACCUCUGCACAGGCCCAUGAAAAGGCUGUAACCUGUGGCUGCUGGCUGGAUCUACAGAUGUUUGUCACCGGCUCUGAUGAUCACACAGUGUGCCUGUGGAGGAUUGCUGACUCCUCUCCAAUAAGCCUAAAGCAAGGGGCCAAGUUUAAAGCAGACAGCCCACUUAUCUGCAUGGACUCAAACAAGAGUUUGGACAACCCCUGCUUCUUCACCAUAGAGUGGUCCGGAGCUCUGAAAGUGUGGAACAAGAAAGGACUGGUCAUCUCGGUACACACUGGUUAUGGCCCAACCUGCAUGUUGAUGAAGGUCAGGUAUAAUGAUGACAACAAAACUCUCCUGGUGUCCACCAUGUUUAAGGCAGUGCUAGAGUUCUCUGUGAAUCUUAAAUCUGGCUCCAGUAAGAAACAGGCUGCAGAAGAAAUGAAACUAAAGAAGACCCACUCCAUCCCGAAUGUGGCCAACCCAAGCUCCAAUCCCUGGAUCCUGGAUGUAACAGCAGACCCCAGGGGCUUCAUCACAGGGGAUACUGAGGGACAGAUCGCUUUUACCAAGGUGCUUGGGGAGCGUAUGAGAGCCCGUAAGGUUCACUCUGAUGCGGUCACAAAUGUGUUAUACGAGGAAGGCCAUGGUUUGGUGUUUACUGGAUCCAAGGAUCGAACCAUCAAAGUGUGGACAGCAGAAAGCAAUUUCACUCAGGUUGGACAUUUCUUCUGCCUCUCCCCUGUAACAGCCAUGUGUCUGCUUGGACCUUACAAACACUGUCAUCAUGUGCCACUGGCGUACGGGGAUGAACUGGGAAAUGUCAACAUGCUCUUGUGGAGAACUUCAAUCAAAUAAUAGAUGUCAGGGGGACUUUGUGACUAAGCCAAAGACAAGGGCCUGAUUUCUCCAACAGUCUCAAACCUGUUACAGAGGCUGAUCUGAUCAAUAACGAGAUUCACUAAAUCACAUAGUUGUUUGUUGGGACAACAACAGCCAAAUAUGUUCUCAUUAUAAAUAUUGUUGACACUUUACAAAACAUGACACAAAAAAUAAUUAUAACCAAGGAAAUUUUGUUCAGAUUGGUGAAAUUGGGUUUAGACAAGGGUUGGGGGUUUUUCAGAAAAAUUAUUUAAAGCUUUAAUCAUGUUAUAUUUAUAAGAUUUAGCACGAAAUAAGUGCCGUAGCAAAGAGAAUAUUGGACUUUUUUGUUAGGAUGUCAAUUUAAACUUAGAAUUUAUUUCACAGUAAUAUAUGAAACGCCUUAUUUUAAGCCCCGAAGUUUGGAUUCAGUGUGAAACUUGAAACCUGUUGAUACCUAUAUAUUUAGACAAAAAGAGAAAAUCUCUUAACAGUGUGAAAAUAAUGUAUGUAACUGGAAAACUGGAUGGAUGUACAGCUUAUAGACUUUGGAGACAAAAUAUGUGAAAAGUGUGUAGUAUGCUUAUUCUGUAAUAAUUAUUAUAUAUAUUUAUCUAUUGAAAUGAACAAAAAUAAUUGUACAUAUAUAGAUGAAUGUGAAGAUUUCCAAAAAAACAAUGUUAAUGGUUUUGUGUAUUAGAAUAGAAGGAAUUUCUAGUUUUGUAAGAGUUCUGUGUAUUAUGUAUAUUGGACGAGUGUAUGACCGUUAGUAUUGUAUGAUCAAGCAGUUUAGGUGGAUACUUUAAAGAGUUGUCCAAAAUUAGAAAAUAUACUUGGUGCAAUAUGAUAAGAUCAAUUUAUUGUUUCAAAAUAUUUAUCAUUACAACCCAAAAAUUAAAGGUUAGAAAAAACAAUUGUACAAUAGGAUCAUUGAUAUUUGAUGGUCAACUGAUGUAUAUUAUGUAUAAUGUAUAUAAUAGUCACUGGUGUCGGAGUUCACAUGAAGAUUUAGAUAGUUAUUAUGUGUUGUUAUAUUAGAUUCAUAUCAGUUCUAUGUUUAUUUGACCUAUGAUCAUUGACUUUUGAGAUCAAAACAUUCUUAGUUUAUACAUGUAUACAAAGUUGUGGUAGGAAAAUCCUGAAAAUUCUGUGACAAAUUCUCCACCAAGAAUACUUCACUGUUAAUAUAUAUACUUUUUAUUUUUCAUUUACAUUCAUUAAAAUAUAUUUCUGAAAAUCUGUUAUAUAGUAUGUCGUGUGCUUUAAUUGUUAGUGUAUGAGUGCUUAGAGAUGUCUGUUGAAUAUUUAUUUUAUUAUAUUUAAUUGUGAUAUUAUUGUACGAUUUUGGUUGAUAUUUUUUGAAAGAUUGUGAUAUGUCAAUUACCACGACUCCUAACUUUCUUCAAGUACCUCAAUUCAUAUACUUUUAGUCUCAAAAUUUUGUUUAUAUUUAUUUUUUUAUAAUAAUGUAAAUCAUGUAGUAUAAUUUCUGUGAUUGUUGUGAUUUACCUAAAUUUUGCAUUCUAUUUUGUGUCUACUGCAAACAUGGUAGAUAUAGGCAUUUCAUUGUUCAGUGGCAUUCUGCUUCGGCGUCUUGACAUUUUUAGAGUCUUGGUUUAGACAUAAUUUAUUUCAUGAAAAUAUACAAAUGACAACAAAUAUUUCAUUCUAAGUAUUUAAAAAUUUGAUUAAAAACUAACAGCUUAUUAAGAACAUCUUGUUCUCUUUUUUUGGGUGUAAGCUUGUAAUGUGCAUUAGUCAUGAGGUUAUGGUGACUUUCACUGCAUAAGGUGACAUCUGAUUUGCAAGGUUUCAAAUACCGUAUUUAUCACUUAUGUGUGUUUUAUAUAACUUGUUUGUAUUUUUCACAUUGGUGAUAUCAUUCAUUCAAUAUGAUACUAUGAUAUGAUCUAUUAAUCGAUGGCGUAUUGUGAUCUAUUAAUCCAUGGCAUUUGUUUAUAUAUCAAUUGAUGGUGUAUUUUUAUCCAUUAAUCAACUGUAAUAUUGAUAUUGUGUAUCUGAAAUAUACAUGCUCAUAGCAUCUUGUUGAGCUUAUUAUAGGGUACAAAGACAACAAAGGUUGAUAUUAUAUGAAUUUAAAUUUCUCUUUUUGAAAGAGAGAAGAUAUUAAACUUAUAAAGUAAAAUUUAACAUACUUGUAGAACUCUUUUCUAUUUGUUUUUCGACAACGUUUUUCAACUACUCAUUUACCAUUUUUUCAUUAUGUAUCAUUUCAUAUAAUUUAAUUUGCAGACUGCAGUUUUUGUUAGGUUAAAUCAAUAUUUCCAAUGAUCAAUUUAAAGCCUUAAAUAACAGUUUUUUAGACUUUUGUAAAUAGUCCACGGCCACUUCCGCGUUACUUCUAACCAUUUUCUUUAUGCUUUAGAUUUCAAACAACUAUAAUAAAUAAUUAUUAUGUUUUUUAAGACCAAUUUUAGAAAGAAAACAUUGAAAGAUCUUUUUGAUUUUAUUCAAUAAAGUGAAACACAGUUUACUAACUAUAUAAAUUCUGCAACCAUUAACUGUAUUUUCAUUUUCGCUUUAAAAUACUCUACUACAUUGAGUUGAUAGAAAUGCUGAUGAACCAGCUCACAUGUUUGACAUACUUAUACUAAUAAUAUAGAGCAUUUAUUAAUUACUAUAAGCUUAACAUUUAUAAACGUUAAUUAAUAGAAUCGUUUUCACUGUUACGUAAAAAUAAAAAAAAUUGUAAUUUUUGUAUUCGCAUAUCAAACAAUAUUGUAACAAUUAAACUGAAUUUCAAUCAUGAAGGAAUGGUACAUUUGUCUAUUAAUCAUAAUGAAUUCAAUUCAUUGCUUAGUUUUGCCUGAAAUUGACAAUGUUUAAAGUAUGUAGGAAUAACCUGGCGUUAUUGAGAAAAGAUCCCGCUAUCUUUGUUUAUCAAAGCAUAGGAACUUUUCUUUGACAUACUUAGCAAAGGUGCAAUUAAUGUCCUUGUUUAGUUAUAGGUAUAUUAUAUUUUUUACCAACAUUCUCUGUGAUAUGAUCAAUUAAACAAUUGAAAUUAA